AUGUAUAACUUCUCCAUGGGAACGCGACGGGACAACUGGCGUUUUGAGAUAGAGAAAUUACCCCCAGAAGGCACGGCGGCGAGGCCCUUCAGCCCCUUCUGGUUCUCGGUGGAGCCGUGGGACACACUGGCUGUGAGAGGUGCCCCAGCACUGCUCAACUGCUCAGCGCACAGCGGGGACCCUGCCUCGGAGCCCACUGCGCCCCAGGCCCGUGUGGAGUGGAAGAAGGAUGGAACCUUCCUGAGCCUGGCGCCAGACGACGGACGGCGGCGUAUUCUGCCUGACGGCUCGCUGCUCAUCUCUAGCGUGGUGCACUCCAAGCACAACAAGCCCGACGAGGGCACGUACCAGUGUGUGGCCACCAUCGACAGCCUGGGAACCAUCGCCAGCCGCACCGCCCGCCUCACCGUGGCAGCUAUCCCCCACUCCACUCGAUCACAUGGACUGACCAGACACUAUCAUCAUGGGAAAUCUCCUGACCCAUCAGGUCACACUGCCGCAUCAAAAUAAUCAACCUCAAGAGAGCGUGCAUGUCUGUG